AUGUCCAAGAGAGGAGCGACAGUUGCCGACCAGGUCGUGAAGCUCAUCGUGGGCGCCGGGCAGGCCAGCCCGAGUCCGCCUGUUGGCCCUGCGCUGGGUAGCAAGGGUGUCAAGUCGAUGGAUUUUUGCAAGGAGUUCAAUGCAAGGACAGCACACAUCAUCACCGGCACGCCGAUGCCUUGUCGAGUCACUGUCCGAGGCGACCGAUCAUUCCACUUUGACAUCCGCACACCUCACACAUCUUGGCUUCUUCUCAACGCCGCCGAGGUGCCGGUCGGCAAGAAGGGCAAGCGGAAGGGCGCAACCAACCCCGGAAAGGAGACGGUCGGCACCGUCAGCUUGAAGCACGUAUACGAGAUCGCCAAGAUCAAGCAGACGGAAAUGCGUCUAUCGGGUCUCAGCCUCGAGGCCAUCUGCCGCUCCGUCAUCUACCAGUGCAAGUCCAUUGGUAUCAACGUCAGGAUCGAGACGAGGCGACGUUAUCAUAGCAGACAGGAGGCACUGUACGAUGAGAAUCUCAACCGCCAAGCAAAGGCAGAGCACGGGAUGCUUCAUGCGCCCCAGAAGUUCCAAUUGAGCAGUGACGUUGAAUAUAUGUCUCGUUUUGAGGCGAAGUCCGUUCUCACGCUUCUACUUGCGCACGAUAGUGCGAGUACGCCAACCAACCAAGAGAUUAUGACAAAAUGCCAAUUGUUGCACGCCUGCUUGAGUAAGUCGCCGGGCGGAUUGGAUCAUGGCCCGCCAGAACUUUGUAUGUCGAAUUGA